AUGCCCGACGUAAGAAAGCGCACCACCUCCUCUUCGGACAGCAAUAAGCGCGCGCGUACGCGAGCAAAGCAUCAAACCACAACCAAAAACUACCCGCGAUUCCGGGGCGCUAGGUUCCCGCAUAAAGUCGAGGCACUGCCGCACGUUUUGGACCAAAUUGACGUUCUACUCAUGAAUCGCCAUGACGCUCUCAAGGAGGCAGCAAGGUCGGGCCAAGUGGCGUGGCUGAACCAACUCAUACAUGGGGGCGAGUGCUCUGGAGAAUGCGAAGCUCUCGUGGCCGCAGCGUCGAAUGGCCAGCGCGCGUGUGUGGACGCUUUGCUGCUGAAGUUUUACUCUCGAAUCUACGUGGAACGCAAACAUCAGCGAGCUUUACGCAAGGCCGUCCCAGCAGCGGGGGGCAACGGACAUCUCGACACCCUGACAGCGCUGCUGCAGAAACAAUUCAAUUUCUACGUCAUUGAAUCGGCUACGGCAGUGUGGGAGACUUUGGAAGCCGCAACUGAAAGUGGACACCUUCACGUGGUCCGAUUUCUCGUGCAACACAGCGAGAGCGCCGACCUUAUGCAGAAAUACAACUAUAACAUCGGGUUCAGGCCACUUCGUUCGCUUGCUCGGGCGAUCGUGGCGGGACACUCGAACGUCGUGGAGUUUGUGCUCGGGCUUGACGCCGCCUGGUGGGACUUGGUGGCAGCGUUUGCAGCAGCAGUUGACGUUGGCCCGCCAGGCCUUGCAGACAGGAUUCUCGACAUCUACCUCCGCACAGCGGAAGAUAAGUCGAUGCUGGUCCAGCUGGCAAUUGAAGAAGGAUCUGUCAACGCUGUGAAAUAUCUCAUCAACCAUGGGCACAACCAGUCCGACUUGGGGUCAAUCAGCAUGACGGGAACAGAAGUGCUCGUAUUACUCUGCAGGAAGAAGUGUGCAUCCCCAGAGUCGAUUAACCGAGCGUUUGUGUCUUCGUUCAAAAUCGAAAUGACCCGGUAUCUGUACGAAAACGAGGAGAUCUCGAGUGAGGCCGUCGUCGCUGCCUUCAAGAAAGCUACCGUUACCGGUACGGGUAGUAGCAAGCAUGUACAGGACUGGAAAGAAAUCACCAAGUUCUUGCUCAAGGAUGAUCGUAUCCCAGCCCAAGUGAUUGGUAAGGCGUUGGUCUCGGCAGUCUCGAGAAAUAAAAUGGAGUUGGUGGAAGUUCUCGACGACGACGCGCGCAUUACGGCCGAGAUGGCAAUAGAGGCUCUCGUCACUACCAUGUUCGAUUUCUACAUGGUGUUUGAAGCUGUGACAAAUGGAUAUCUACAUAUCGUGCAGUGGCUCGCCGCUGAACAUGGUCAUCUUGAGAUUCUCAAGUGGCUUCACACCAACGGACCGGAGAGAUGUUCGACUAAGGCCAUGGAUAUGGCGGCUGCAAAUGGGCAUCUGGAGAUCGUGCGAUGGCUUCACGAGAGCCGCGGCGAGGGAUACACCGCAGCGUACGGCCACCUCUCGGUAGCGAAGUUUCUCUUCGAGAAUCGCCAUGAGGGUUGUAUGAGUGAAGCGAUGCGCCUCGCGGCUUCAAAAGGCCAUUUGGAAGUUGUCCAAUGGCUCCACGCGAACCGAAGCGAGGGCAACCCCGGAGCGGCGAUGCGUGCUGCUGCUACAAGCGAAAAGGCUACAGUGGUGGAGUGGUUGUGCGAUAUUGUGCGUGAAGAACGCAGAGGCCAGGCUCGUAUCCGUGAAGCCGCCCAACUCGCGUUGGAAGCGAAUCAUAGUCAAUUGGCGGUGGAAAUGGAGGGAAAAUAG